GCGCCAGUUCCCGAGGACUGGUGUUCCGGUUGCACGAGUCUCUGCCAUGGCAGCAGCGGAGGGGAAGGACCCGCUCAGCUUCUUCGCGGCGUACGGUAGCGACAACAGCUCGAGUGGCGGCUCGGAUGCCGAGGACGAGGAAGGCUCUGGCCGAGGCUCCAUGGGGUCUUCGCAGCAGUCCAAGAACGGCACCUCCGAGGGCAAACCGCGCUUGCCUGGGCCCGACGAGCUCUUCCGCAGCGUGAACCGACCGGCUUUCCUUUAUAAUCCGCUGCAUAAGGAGAUCGAUUGGGAGAGUCGGGUGCUGCGAGCUCCCGAAGAGCCUCCUAAGGAAUUCAAGGCAUGGACCACAAAUGCUGUGCCUCCCCCUGAGACUUACACUAUCAAAGAAAAAAAGCCUCCACCUCCUCCUGAACGUGAUAUGGCAAUCAAAUGGUCAAAUAUCUAUGAAGAUAAUGGAGAUGAUGCUCCAAGGCAUGUAAACAAUGUACAUUUCUUAUCAGAAGAAGAACAAGAAACUGUUGAAUCAGAUGGUGAAAAAGAUGAACCCAGCUCAGUUAAGAAACGCAAAUUAAAUCCUGACGAGCAGCCAAAGAAGAAAAAGCAAUGAUGAAUUGGACAAAGACUGAUGACUUUAUCAAUCAAAGUUGUCAAAGUUCUGAUUUGAUUGAUGUUUGAUGUAAAUGUCAAGUCUAUUAAUGCAAAUGUUUCUAGUGGAAACCUUUUAAUUGCAACGCAACUCUUUAAACAUGUUGUGGUAAGUACAGUAUUUUUGUUCAUAAAGAUUUUGGAAGUUUGUCAUAUUCUCUUCCUAUUUAAGACAGAUUCUUGUGACACUAUAAACCUUAACAUACAAGAUAUAAACUUGUUGGCAUUUAAAGAUUAAUAUUUGGAGCAAUAAGCAAUUAUUAUGAGAAGUACUACACAUGAACAGUGAUAAUAUGUGAAAUGUAAAUGUAAUAAUUGUUUUAUGGGACUACUAUUGUGAUAGAUUUUUUUCUUAAUAAAAAUGCUAUUUUGGGGGGAGGGAGAGUUUUUAACUGCAUUGUGGUGAAAAUGAAUUGUUUGAAAUGUUUGUAAAUAGUUUUAAAAUAAAGCUGCAUGUGUCAAAGGUACAUUUAUUACAAAUUUCAAUAAUUGAAAUUGUAACUGAAAACUAUUUCUCUGUAGUAUUAGACAAACAUGUUUACUGUAUAUAAAUUGAAUUAGUGGCAACUUAGAGACUAAAUUCAGAAAUAUUUUCCUUCAUAGUUUCCAAUGGAGUUCAGCCCAAUCAACUGAAUCAAGAAACAGCUAUACAAAUAAAUGUAUGAUUUUAGAGAAAAUAUUCUCAUGCUAUUAAGUGGACAGGAUUUAAGUUAAAUUUUCCCUAAACCCAACUUGCCUUUUCCCUUGGCCUGCAAUCAUGGAUCAAAUCUUUGGUGUUUAUACAGAAUUUCUGCCUGUGAACCCAUUUGUUUUAUAUAGUGAUCCUUUUGUUUUAUCAGUGGUGGGUUCCUACCAGUUCGAAUUGGUUCGGCUGAAGCAGUAGUAGCGUGGUAGCCUGGUUUGCUGGAACCAGCAGCAACCCAGGCCUGCCACGCCCCCGAACCAGUUCUCCCGGCGGCGCCAUAGGCGCCACCAUCUUGUUUUUUGCUUCUGCACAUGCGCAGAGCAAUUUUAGUUGUACUGCGCAUGUGUGCGCAGUGUGCAUCAAGCGCGCGCACAGGGCACGUCCCUGAGUAAACCGGCAGUAGUCUCUGCCGGAACCCACCACUGGGUUUUAUACUGCAGAUUGACUUACUGUUGUCCAAUAAUUAUCCCAAGAGUGUUUAGGCAAUUUUGAUAAAGUACUAAAAUAUAUCUCUAAAGAAAUAAAAGUGAUUGCCCCUUGUUUAUAGUUUAGGAACUUCAGGGCUACUUUCCAUAGUAUGAAUUAAUUCUGUGGAAUUAACUCACACAAUGUUGUACUCAAGGCUUUCUGUUGUUUCAGUUCAUAUUUAAGUUAUUUACUCUGCAGAAUGUCUCCAAGCUCUGAUUUUUAAGUUGCAGUUUUUCUUGUUAUAUUUCCAACUUUAUUUUUUACUAUGUCAGUCUUAAAAGCUUUAUUUUUCUGUUUAAACCAUGUUAAGAACAGAUUGAGCAAUUAACAAUAUUCAUGGGCAUUUCAAGUAAUUAGAAAAAAAUGUUAGACAUUUCUCUCCUUUAUAUACACCCACAUAUAAAAUAAACUUUGCUCCCACUUCGGUGGUAUAUGAAAUAGAAUGUCUUCCAUACUGUAUCCCAUUUUUGGGAUACAAUUCUAUAUGUAAUAGAAAUAAAAUUAUAUAUAGAAUGAGGAUUAAGAAGAUGCUUCAAUUGUUGAUUGACAAAAAAUAAUACAUGGAUACAUAGCAUUAUCGGGGACUAAUCCUUCCAACCUUUGAUGUGUUUUUAUAUAUAUUGUACCUCUAUAUUUUGAAGUGAAUUGUUUUUUAAACAGGUAGAAAUUAUCCAACUGAAUCUUCAUGUAAGAUGUUAUUUGUUUGUUCAUUUAUUUAAUAAACUGCAUCAAUUUCAAUUA